GCAGUCAGUCCUUGAGCACAACUGUUGCGGCAGCAGCGGCGGUGGCAGCAGUGGUGCUGACUUUGGGACAGCGGUGUCAGGACAGCGGUGGCAGCAAGAGCUGCGGGACUGGCAGAGGGCGAGGCACCAUGGCCCUUGCUCUACGCCUCUUCCUCCCGCUCCUCCUGGCCGUGGCCCUGCUUGCCAGGGCUGCCCAGGCUGCUCCGUUGCAAGCGCGGGGAGCAGACUGGGAUCAUGACUUGGAUUAUUUGGAAGUCCUGAUGAAUGACGGCUUGAAGUUCUUGGAGGAUGUUGGAGCUGAACCUGUUGCUGAAGGUGGUGCAGCUUCCCAACCCAUACCCAGUACUGACCCUCUGGGAGAUGCUGAGGUUACAGGUGUGUCUGCAGAGAGGACUUUCCCAGGAUCUUUGGUGGAAGUUGCACACAAGCCCAGCUCCCAUCACAAGGGUCCUCAGACAGAGAAGAUCAAAGACACAGCAAACAAGAUAUCCCUGGAACCAUCUGAACUCAUGUGGCAAAUGCUGAGGGAAAUGCUGCAGGGAGGACAAGACAUGGAAGGAGAGGCUGUGCAGAAGGAAGCAUUUCCCAGAGGAAGCAGUGAUUCUGUGCCAGCCUCUGCUGCAGGAAGGGAGGCGAUGCCAGGCACAGUCACUGGAGAUGAGGUUGAUGGGAAGGCUCCUCCAUUAGCUUGGCUGAAUGAAGUUCUGAAGCCCUUGGAGCCUCCUGCAGCUGUGUCUGCAGGGAGGAAUUUUCCUGCCCCUUUGCUGAUUGCUCCACGCAAGCCCGGCUCCCUUCGCAGGGGUCCUCCGAGAGGGAAGAACAAACCUAGAGGAGAGAAGGAAUCGCUUGAGUCAAACAACAUCCUGAAACAAAUAGUGAAGAAACUGCACAAAGGGCAUGAGAUGGAAGGAGAGGCUGUGCUAAAGGCUGAGUUUCCCGGAGGAACCAGUGGCUCAUUGGCAGCCUCUGCUGCAGGAAGGGAGGCGAUGCCAGGCACAGUCACUGGAGAUUGGGAUCACAAACUGGAUUAUUUGGAAGCCCUGCUGGAAAAUGGCUUGAAGAUCUUGGAGGAUGUUGGAGCUGAACCUGUUGCUGAAGGUGGUGCAGCUUCCCAACCCAUACCCAGUACUGACCCUCUGGGAGAUGCUGAGGUUACAGGUGUGUCUGCAGGGAGGACUUCUCCAGCUCCUGGGCUGGAUGCUGCGCACCAACAGACCUCCCGUCGCAGGGGACCUCCAAAAGGAAAGACCCAAGAUACCGCAGCCACAAAGUCUCAUGAGUCAAACGAAUUCCUGAGACAAACACAGAAGGAAGCACAGGGAGGACAAGUGAUGGACCAAACAUCUCUGCAGAAGGAGGCACAUCCCGGAGGAAGCAGUGGCUCAGUGGCAGCCCCUGCUGCAGGGAGGAAGGCGAUGCCAGGCACGGGCACAGGCACAGGAGAUGCAGCCAGCACCACAGCACCUGUUCCAGAUUCCCAGAAGGGCAUCGGAAGGGGUUUCUGUCAUGGAACAGGCUACUGGCUAGGGUUAAUGGCAGGCAUGCUUCUUUUGGAGCUUGUCUGCAUGUUGUGCUGCUUUAGAAUCUGGUAUUCCUGGAAGAGAAAAUGUCGCAGCUCUGGACAGGAGAUGAAAGGCGGGGGCUUCCCCUCACACCCAGACUGCUUGUGGAGCACCUCCAGCAGUAAUAAGGGCCUGGUCAGCCCUUUCUGGAGUUCUGAGCAGAGGACACCAGUAGAUCUGUCUACGAGGAUAUCUCCAAAGACCCUGUAGAUCCCACUGCCACUUCCUAUCCCCAUGGGUAUCCCCAAGCUGCCUUCACCCGUUUUUGAUCUCCCUCUGUCCCGUCCCAGCCCAUUCCCCAGUUCUUCUAAAGACCCCGGUACCAGCCCAGCACCCUCCAGCCCCAACUGAGACCAACAUGGUCCCUCCUCUGCCCCUAAGCUCCCUGGCCCUGCCCCCUAAAUGCUAUUGAAGGUAACCCCCCGCCCCUGCCAGGGUAGGUGAUGGC